AUGCUUUCCCGCAUUCCCGCACAACCUCACAGCACCUACUCGGAAUACCACGACUAUGGCCAAAGAGCCGACGUGAUCACUUCUCAACCCCAGAAAUUGUCUUCUCUCGUCCCAACAAAUCCACAGCGAUACCAUGGCGAUAAUCUGCAGGCAGGGCGCAAGAGGAGGGAAUCUGAACUGGACGGCAAUGAUCCUUCUGAAACCACUGGGGUGCGCCGCCGAAUAAGUCGGGCUUGUGACCAGUGCAAUCAAUUGCGAACCAAAUGCGACGGCAAACAGCCCUGUGCUCACUGCACCGAGAACUCCCUCGUCUGUGAAUAUGCCCGCGCUCACAAGAAACGGGGCAGAGCCCCCAAAAAAGACAUGGAACAAGCCGACGAGCCCACCUAUCUCACUUCUCAGACGAUGUCCUCCAAUCGUCCUGCUAUGCCUCAAGCCGCCGGCUCCAGGAAAUUUUCUACCACAUCUUACCCUGGCCAGGACGGGUUGGUGGACGGGAAUGCUGCUUUGCCUUCCAACAAUACGCCUCCGAGUUCUACAUUCGAGCCGAAUCACCACCCGAGUACGUUCUACACCGGCUUCGAUCCGACAUCUGGAAUGGGCAUGGCCAAUGCGAAUCAGAUUCAUGAAAUGGAUCAAUCCAUGGUACCUCAGAUGGGCCAACCUCGAACGAUGGAUUUUGCUGUUCCGAACCAGGCAUAUCCGAACUCCACGCUCGAUUCCAUGCACGUCCAAGGCGCAUCACAGGGCUUUGGCUUCCCCCUGGGAGAUGACUAUUCCGUGGCAUUUAUGGGCAAGGCUCCCAUGGUAGAGUCGCCAGAUUGGCUGGCCCUCACAUCCCCUCUGUUCAUCAAUGAACCUUUACCUGCUCAGCCUCGCGUUACGGACACGUUGAGGUAUCCGGUGCUGCGUCCGUUACUGCCUCAUAUCGAAUCAAUCGUUCCUCAAGCGCUCGCGUGCGAUCUUCUGGAACAAUACUUCAAUAGCACUACUUCUGCAUAUCUGAGACCGUCCAAUCCGUAUGUGCUAGGAUAUAUCUUCCGCAAAAAGUCUUUUCUCCAUCCCACCGAUCCACGGCCUUGCACUCCAGCGCUGUUGGCGAGCAUGCUCUGGAUUGCUGCUCAGACAAGCGACGCUGCCUUCUUGACCACGCAGUUGGAUGCUCGAGCUCGAAUCUGUCAGCGAUUGUUGGAACUGACCAUCAACAUGCUCAAGCCCCUGAUUCAUAGUCAUCCCAACACUUCCGCGGUCACGCCCAAUCCCAGUUAUCCUCAAAUGCCCCCCAACGAUGCCGGCCUCGGGGCAUUGGUGGUGCCGACUCAUUCCGGUGGCCAUGGAGUCGACCGUGCACAAAUCGACAACUUAGCCACCUACAUCCAUUUAGCCACCGUGGUAUCGGCGAGUGAACGAAAGGCGGCCAGUCUGAGAUGGUGGAAUGCCGCGUGGUCACUAGCUCGGGAGAUCAGGCUCGGUCGUGAGCUUCCUCCCAAUCGGCCGGAGCAGGAUGGGGACGAAAAUGCCAGCAGCAAUCUCGCGGAUACCCAUUCCGGUGACGGCCGCAAAAGCUGCGUGGACGACAAUCGUCGCAAGCCGGCGGGCUACGUCUCAGAAGAAGAAAGAGAAGAACGGCGGAGAACAUGGUGGCUCCUAUAUAUGCAGGAUCGGCACCUCGCCCUGUGCUACAACCGACCCAUGUUCUUCCUCAACAAGGAGUGUGAAAACUUGCUGCAACCGCUGGAUGACGAUGUGUUCCAGGCCGGACGCUUUGACAAAGCAUCAGACCCGGCGCACCGGCGACGGGGCUUGAACAUUGAAUGCACGUCACACAGCGUUUUCGGGUAUUUCUUGCCCCUGAUGGUCAUCCUGGGCGAAAUCCUCGAUCUCAACCACGCCCGUAACCGCCCUCGGUUCGGCCCGAGGGCGAACCAGACGAAAAAUUGGGAUGACCAUACCGAGGAGAUCACUCAACAGCUCGAGACAUACGGACAGAGCUUGAAGGAUUUUGAAGCUGCGGGUGGUCAUGGCCCUGACGCCAACCACAGCGACGUUGUCACGCCAUCGGUCGUCUCGGCAGGGACCACCGAGUCGCACAGUGUUUCGGAGCUGGCGCUGCAAACCAAAACCGUGGUGGCCUAUGGGACGCACAUUAUGCACGUGUUGCACAUCCUCUUGACCGGAAAAUGGGAUCCCAUUGCUCUGCUCGAUGAUAAUGACCUCUGGAUAUCCUCCCAGUCAUUUGUCACAGCCACCGGGCACGCCGUGAGCGCCGCCGAGGCGGUGGCUGAGAUCAUUGAGGACGACCCGGAUCUGAGUUUCAUGCCAUUCUUCUUUGGUGUAUAUCUGCUUCAGGGCAGUUUCCUCCUGCUGUUGUUCGCGGACAAACUUCAAGGUGACGUGAGCCCGGACGUGGUCAAGGCCUGCGAGACGAUUGUGCGAGCACAUGAGGCGUGUGUAGCAACUUUGGACACUCAAUAUCAGCGAAAUUUUCGAAAGGUGAUGCGGUCGGCUCUCCAACAAGUUCGUGGGCGGGUUCCGGAGGAUUUGGCCGAGCAGCAACACUGGAGACGUGAGGUGCUUGCCUUGUAUAGAUGGACAGGGGAUGGAACGGGCCUUGCUUUGUAA